CAAUAAAUUUUGCAUGUUGCAAAGAAAAUGAAGAUGAAUUCGCGAGCUUUAAUAGUGUGGUUUCUAUUGUUGUCGGCAGUUUUCGCCAUCACGGUUGUUGCCUCCGUCGAUGACACAAAACAAGUUGGUGAAAACCAAGUGGAGGAGUCAAAGUCGACAUGCAAGUACGGAAAUUGUGCACAUGAUGGAGAGGUUCCUUUUGUAGAAGUAGAUGAAGUCCAUGGUGGAGAAGAAGAAUCCAAAUCUGACCAAGUUGGACACAAAGGUGGUGGCCGUGGCCAAGGAGGAUAUAAGGGCGGUGGCCAAGGAGGACAAAAGGGCGGCGGUGGCCAAGGAGGACAAAAGGGCGGCGGUGGCCAGGGAGGACAAAAGGGCGGUGGCGGCCAGGGAGGACAAAAGGGCGGUGGCGGCCAGGGAGGACAAAAGGGCGGCGGCGGCCAAGGAGGACAGAAGGGCGGCGGCGGCGGCCAAGGAGGACAGAAGGGCGGCGGAGGCGGCCAAGGAGGACAGAAGGGCGGCGGCGGAGGUGGCCAAGGAGGACAGAAGGGCGGCGGCGGCGGUGGCCAAGGAGGACAGAAGGGCGGCGGCGGCGGUGGCCAAGGAGGACAGAAGGGCGGCGGCGGCGGUGGCCAAGGAGGACAGAAGGGCGGCGGUGGUGGUGGCCAAGGAGGACAGAAGGGCGGCGGAGGUGGUGGACAAGGCGGCGGUGGUGGUGGACACAAAGGUGGAGGUGGUGGCCAAGGAGGACACAAAGGUGGUGGAGGUAGAGGUGGUUAUGUUGGCGGAGGCGGCAGAGGAGGCGGAGGUCGUGGAGGUGGUGGCGGAAGCGGCCGAGGAGGAGGUGGAGGAGGAGACGGUGGGAUGUAGGAUAUCUCUGCCUAUACUAGCAAAUUUUAUUUUUAAAUCCCAAGUGUUUGCGUAUAUUAAACUACAAUAAAGUUGUAUGUAAGCG